UGUCGCUAGCACCUAAACCAACUUACAUCCUCCCCACAUACCAGGAAAAGCUCUCUCACACACACUCUCUCCCCCUCUCUCUGUGUACAUAUAUAACAUAUUCAGAUCCAAUCUUUCUUGCUCACUCACUAAAGUCACUACCAGUUAGUCUCUCUCUGCUUUCUCUCUCGAUUACUAUGGGUUUCCCAGCAAAGUCAGACAAGCCUCUCAAGUUCCUGAUCUACGGCCGGACCGGCUGGAUCGGUGGCAAUCUCGGCAAGCUCUGCGAAUCCCAAGGCAUCGACUACGCUUAUGGCUCUGGCCGGCUCGAGAAUCGCGCCUCACUCGAAGCUGACCUCGCCGCCGUCAAGCCCAGCCACGUCUUCAACGCCGCCGGGGUCACCGGCCGUCCCAACGUCGACUGGUGCGAAUCGCAUAAGGUCGAGACCAUACGGACCAAUGUGGCCGGAACGCUAACCCUAGCCGAUGUGUGCAGAGACAAAAGCUUGAUCUUGAUCAACUAUGCCACUGGCUGUAUAUUCGAGUAUGAUUCGGAUCAUCUCCUCGGUUCGGGCGUCGGGUUCAAGGAGGAGGACACACCCAAUUUCAUCGGAUCUUUCUAUUCCAAGACCAAGGCCAUGGUGGAAGAUUUGCUCAAAAAUUAUGAAAAUGUCUGCACAUUGCGUGUCAGGAUGCCAAUCUCAUCUGAUUUAUCCAACCCCCGUAACUUCAUCACAAAGAUAACUCGAUAUGAGAAGGUAGUGGACAUACCAAACUCUAUGACUAUAUUGGAUGAACUCCUCCCCAUUUCCAUUGAGAUGGCAAAGAGAAAUCUCACUGGGAUAUGGAACUUCACAAAUCCUGGGGUGGUCAGCCACAAUGAGAUUUUAGAGAUGUACCGGGAUUAUAUUGAUCCCAACUUCACAUGGAAGAACUUUACUCUUGAGGAGCAGGCAAAGGUCAUCAUUGCUCCAAGGAGCAACAAUGAACUUGAUGCCACCAAACUGAAGCGGGAAUUUCCCGAGCUCUUAUCCAUUAAGGAGUCCCUCAUACAGUAUGUAUUCAAGCCAAAUCGGAAGACCCCUGUAGCUUGAAACUGGGUAUAAUAUGUAUUCAAGCCAAAUUGGAAGACCCCGGUAGCUUGAAACUUUAAAGGUUUGAUUUUUCUUUUUUUGUUUUCUUUUUCUUCUUCUUUUUUUUUUUUAUUUUUAAAAUGAGCUGCUAUUUCUUAAUUUUCAUUAUAGUUCAUGUGGGUAGAUGCGAUAUUUUUGCUAUAUUGGUUCCUCCCACAUGACAUGCAUGAUUGCAAUAUUGUUGUAUUUGAAUGUUGUAUUCAUAUUGACUUGAUUACAAAUAAAUAAUUUGAAUAUCCUAUGUAGUCCAAAAAUGUUGUCCGUCUCUAAUGGAAUUUUUGUUUAAUGAGCUUCUA